AUGCGUGGCGCACUAAAACCGCCUUGGAAUCCUGCAAAAGACAAGUCUCUGAUGCUUUUGCCUUCCUACCACUGCUAUGGUUUCGCCAAUCUCAUGGUUGACCUAUUGAAAGGGUAUACGAGCGUUGUCAUGAAACGCUUUCAACCGGACCUAUUCUGCAAGACUAUUGAACGCCAUCGGGUGAGCUUCUGA